UUCACAUCACUUGGUGCAGCAGGAGAGACAAGACGCAAAGAUGCAGUGGCAGUUUAUUUUCAUGAUUUUGGUGGGGACGCUGGUCUUCUGUGAAGGGAGUCCUGCGAAGAGGGAUAACAGUGAGUCGUCUAGUUUGGAAGAGGAUUCUAGCUACCAGUCUACUUCUGAUGCGAGCUCGGUCCAGAGCUCGGACCAGAGCUCGGAUACGAGCUCGGACACGAGCUCGGAUGAAUACAGUGAUGAAUAUGAGGAUGUUCCUGACGAUGUCAAAAUCGCAUACUGCCGCAACACCUACACUGAGGUGUUGGAGAGCAGAGACCUCACCAAGAACCUCCCCGAGGUCAAGAUCUUCACGGACCCUGCCGGAAUAGGCAACCCACAGGACGUGGGCAUUGACCGACCGGGCUGGGAGGCGCCCGUUGCCGCAGAAGGCGAAAAUGGUCCAUCCAUAAUUCUCAACUUCACCACCUUCGCAACGGAGAGUCCGCCAUUCGUCGAGAAGCUCAUCGUCAGCGCAAACGCCAUGACCAAUGUUGAGAUCCAGAAUGUUGGAGGAGCGGGCUUCGUGACUCCUCAAGGCGGGAAAUGGUUUGAGGGUGUUGGGACGUUUGAUCCACCUCUCAAGCCACAACUGCUGAAGAUCACCAUGGAGGAACCGUUUGUAGACUCGGAGACGGAGACCAACCUCAAUUUGGCUGUGUAUGCUUGCUACCCGGAUCAAAUUAUAGACCCAUUAUCAUCAUCAUCAUCAUCAUCAUCAUCAUCAUCAUCAUCAUCCGAGGAGGACUAAUAAAAGCAGGGACUCAUUAUGAAGAUUCGCGGUCAGCUCCAGGAGACAUUUCUUCCAAUGAAUCGAUAUUUGCCAAGUCAAACGAAGUAGCGUGACAGGCUACUUGCAAGAGAUUGUGUGGUUUCUCAUAAACAGUCUUAGAAGGACCAAAAAUAUUGAAGUACAAGUUUUCGUAGUAAUGAUGCUUUCUGUAGACUUCAAGGAAUUAAAGUGGUACAUUUAUAGUCCAUUGUAGAAAACAGCUGGCAGUACAGAUUAAUGCACAUGGGCUACCGGACCUUUACCAUCUUACCUUGUACCAUUGACCACAGGCGUCGCCACUUUGACUAGAACUUGAAAUUCUAAAGCAGUCAGAACGCUUCAAAGGUGUGGGUCUGUUCUUUCUUUUCCAGAGAACAGCCCCCAUGUUAUAAAUGGACUUUCUGGACCUAUGACGUCUCUGUCGAUAUUACAAAUAAAUUCAUACUUACAUUUACUCAA